CUCAUAUCUAACACCAAGCCUCGCGCUGAAACUGGGACAUACACUACAGAAAAUCUCUAACAUUAUUCAUUGUAGGGCCCUCAUGGCCGAAGAUGAAGAACUGAUCAGGUCCACUGAGAUAUUCAAGAAGUUGCACACCUCCAAGUGGCCUGAGUUGGUGUCUCACCGUGCCCUGAACACACUGAGUGAUGCAAAGUACAACAAGCCAUCAACAUUACCCUUCACUGAAGAUGUUCAGAUCCUUCAUCGGUACCUUGAGAAAUCUGUAGAAAGUGCCUUUUGCAACUUGAAGGAGGAGGCCACUGCUCAGAACUAUGCUCAACUUGCAAAAGUUACACUUGCACAAAUCAUUGUGUUCAAUCGAAGACGUGCUGGGGAGGUUUCAAAAAUGCGCCUCAAAAGUUUUCAUGAGAGAGACAACACAAAGCUCCAUGAAGAUGUUGCCAUGGGGUUGUCAAAGACUGAACAGAGGCUCUGCAACUAUUUCAGCCGAAUUGAAAUUAUGGGAAAAAGGGGCAGAAAGGUUGCAGUUCUGCUCACACCAAGCAUUGUGGAUGCUCUGUCACUACUUGCCAGUAAAAGAACUGAAUGUGGUAUUUGUGCCACAAAUGUCUUCCUGUUUGCAAGACCCAGAUCAAUGAGCCACUACAGAGGACAGGACUGUUUGCGUGUUCAUGCAAGCCAGUGUGGAGCAAAGCACCCUGAGCACCUCAGGUCCACACAACUCAGGAAACAUGUCGCCACACUCUCACAAGUCCUUAAUUUAAAAAACAACGAACUUGAUCAGGUUGCAGAUUUCCUGGGUCACGACAUCCGUGUUCACCGUGAUUUCUACAGAUUGCCAGUUCCCACAACACAACUGGCCAAGAUUUCCAAACUGCUUUUGUCAAUGGAGAAAGGACAUCUUUCCAGCAUGCAGGGGAAAUCACUGGAUGAGAUUGAAAUUGAAGAUGAAAUUACAUUAAGUGAUGCUGAGGGCAGUGGGAGCGAAUCCGAUGACAGCGGCACAGCAGUCACCACGUCGGAGUGUGGAACUGUGGAGCCUACGGAUGCUGACUCUACAUCCACAGUGCAGGUUGAUGACACUGGAGAUUUUGGAAAAGAUGCUGGUCAAGAACAUGGGUCCAGAAGAGUGCCAAAGAAAGUGUGGUCUAAGGCUGAGGUUGCCGCAGUAAUGCGGCAUUUCAGAGCUCACAUAUGUAAAGGAAAACUGGCCACCAAAACGAAUGCGCUCACUGCAAGCUGGUAGAAGGCCCUGUGUUGGCACAAAGAACAGCACAAAAUAUAAGGGACUUUGUUAGAAACCGUGGAAUAGCUGCAAAGAGGCAGUCACUGAAACAAAAGCUGUAAACCUACUGGCAACCGUGUUGUGUGUGUGUUGUGGUUUUGCUGAUACCUUAAUAUCUUUUAUAAAGCAAUCUGUUUCCAGGAAUGGUUUUUGUAAGUUAGAUAAGAACGAGAUUUUAGCUGGAAAGAUAAUGUGGUUUAAAAAAGUUGUGGCUCUUGUGUUUUGAGACAGGCUGUUGUCUGGCUGUUAUUCAGUGUCACCGUCUAACAGAAUGGUGAUAUUUCAGCUCAGUUAUAUAUGUAGAUUGAUAACUAAUGGAAUUUUAAAGGUUCCUUGCAAGAUAGAGGGUAGAAUUAUGCAAAGAGGCAGUCACAAAAACAAGCUGUAAACCCACAGUUCUUUUUGUUUUUAC